CAGGCUGCCUUUCAAACAGGAAUGAACUUACCAGCCACCAGAAUGAAGCCAACUCUGGGGUGGAGCGCAGCAGCUGUUUAACAGCGUGAUCAAUGCCACAUCAUAGCUCAGGACAGGAAGUUCAGAAGAACCCCCCGGCUGCCUGAAGCAGCAGAGGGGAUUUAGUUGGGCCGAAAGUGCAAACAGAGGAUGACUGACAGCGAGAUAUCGCAUUCCGCCAUAUCCGUAGCUAGCGGGAACCUCUGAGCCCAACUCUUGCGCCACACGCUCAUUGAGAAAGGCUGGCCCCCCAGCAGAACAGGCAUUACACAAUACGGGUGUUUGGCUGCCGGGAAAGUCAGCAGGGUAUAAGAGGCAGAUCAGUCAGGCAGCCCGAGGGGUAACGGCGUGGGGGCAGCAGGGCAAGAUGAAGUCUUCCACGGGCCUUCUCCUCGCCCUGGCAUUCCUGAUGGCUGCUACUGGCCCUAGAGCAGGCCUUGCCCAGGAGACAGAGUCCAGCUGCUGUGCACAGCUGAAGGAAUUAUCCCAGUGCGGAGCGGACAAGAAGAGCUUUUUCCAGGGCCAGCCAGGGAUCCCAGGAAUGCCGGGCAUGCCGGGGACAAACGGCCUCCCCGGGGCUAAAGGAGAUCCAGGCCCUCAAGGGCCCCCAGGCGAGAAGGGCUCCCCUGGGGCAAUGGGGAAGGCUGGACCCAAAGGAGACAAAGGAGAAGCCAGCAGUUCUGCCAGCUCUCAGCAGCAAGCAUCAGUUUACUCCUCCAGAGACCCAGGGCACCAUCAAACCCCAGUUAAGGCCCCUCAAAUGCAUCUACCAUCAGCUCCAGCAUGAAACAGCCGGGUAGCCGCUAGUUCAUUCCUCACCACCUGCAGUUCUGAUUUCACCCU